UCCUUAAUCAAGACUAUACCACAUCUACAACUAUAUAUUUCAACCCUUGCAACACUAGUUCAUUCCCCUCUAAAUAAUUCUCCACUCUGCUCUUCCCAUUGAUAAAGUGAAGGGGGCCUCAUUCCUCACUUACAGGGGAGUGUCUAAGAAGUCUCUUCUUGCAGAGUAAGUCCCCUUUUUUUAAAGCAUAUAUGGCUUCGCCUACCCUCUUGAUCUUUUGUAAAGCUUAGCUGCUAUAUUACAUUCAUUGCUACACUCUUCCAUAUAUAUAUAUAUAUAUAUAUUGGGAAGGAGACAGAGAGAGAGAGAGAUAUAUAAGCACAUAAGCAUAUAAGAAAAAGAAUUGAGAUAUGGAGUUCGACUUAGAGAACCCGUUAACAAGCUCUGAGUCAGAGCCGGACUACGUCUCGGCGCUCUUCGCUGCAGAGUCCGACCACAUGGGCUCUCCUGCCGCCACUCUCGAUCUUUCCUCCCGCCGUGAUGCUGUCUCUCUUAUCAUUCAGGCACAGUUCGCGUGUAAUCUCGAUCCUUUUAUCAGUUACCUCGCUAUCAACUACAUCGAUCGAUUCCUCGCUCGCCAAGGAAUUCCCAGAGAGAAGCCAUGGGUGGCGCGACUUCUCGCUGUGUCUUGCCUCUCCCUCGCAUCCAAGAUGAAAAAAUCCGAGUUUUCUCUCCCUGAUUUUCAGAGAGAGGAAGGAUUCAUAUUCGACGCACAGACGAUCCAUCGGAUGGAACUAUUAGUCCUCGGAGCACUCGAUUGGAGAAUGCGAUCCAUCACCCCCUUCUCUUUCAUCCGAUUCUUUCUAUCCUUCUUCUCUCCGGCGAAUCCACCACUUCUCCAGGCUCUCAAAGCCCGCGCUUCCCACACACUUAUCAAGGCUCAAUCUGAGAUCAAGCUGCUCGAGUUCAAGCCAUCAGUGAUCGCCGCCUCCGCUCUCAUCUCCGCUGCCCACGAGUUGUUUCCCAUUCAAUCCCCUUCCUUUCGCUCCGCCAUCGCCUCCUCCCAUUUUGUAAAUAAAGAGAUGCUUCGGGAGUGCUGCACGGUGAUGGGAGGAGUGGUCGAGAUGAUGAUGAUGGACGGCUGUGAUCCGCGGCUCGAGAUGGCUUCGAGUUGCGGCACACCAGUCACGGUGCUUGGCCAGCAUUGCCCCAGCUCUGAGAGCGAUUUGACCGUCGGUUCCUCAUCCGACGGUCGUGGUAUAAAGAAGCGCCGGGUUGAUGGAAUCCCCGCCUUCCACCUGUCGCAGACCUGUGAUUAAGCGGAUAUAAUUUGAUAAAAAUAAAAAUAGAAAAAAAAAAAGGGAAAUGUUUCAAUUUGGUAUUUUUAGGGUUUUUAUUGUAGUAUUUUUAAUUUUUGUUUUUGAAAUGUUAAUUUUGUUCGGCAAAUGAGACGUGGGAGAAAAAGACAAAAGAGAGCUUUGAAUUGGUUGUUGCUUUA